AACGACUCGACUCUGCUUCUGGACACUUUCCUUCAAAAACUCGAGACGCAAUACUCGAGUUACUCGCUUCGAGUCUCUGAGUCUCUCUCUCUCUAUGCAUAUAGAUAUACAAACAUAAUAUACACAUAGCUUUUCACUAUCCUUCUCUCAUUAUUAGGUCAAUCUCUGAAAAUGCCAGCUUGGUGGUGGAAAAAAUCGACCAAGAACAGAGACCAACAGCAGCAACAAAAAUUCCGGCAAUACCCACAAAGCAAUUCUAACAAUUCAAGCGAAGGUUCAAUCAGAAACGAUAAAAAGAGAGGCAAAAACAACAAGCCCCAGAAUUUUGAUGGAAUAUUAUUACGAUAUUCACCGAGAAAUAGCAAGGAUUUUGGUGCUCUAGGAGUUGGGUCUUCGGGGUUUUCGGGUUUCGAUUCAUCGUCGGACAGAGGGCAUCCUUUGCCACGGCCAUCAGCGGGAAAUGAUCACGGGGUUGGGUUGGGGUCUGGGUCGUUCUCGGUUUCCAGUGUGAGCUCAUCUGGGUCUUCCGACGAUCAUGUUCAUCUUGAUGGCCAAUUGGGGGGUCUCAGAGGACAUGGAGAUCCGAAGUUCAGCCCACGGCCAAGAAGCCCAGGUCCGGGGUCAAGAGGGACUACCACUACCACAUCACCUAUUGAUCCACGGUUUUGUGGUUUGACUCUGGACUCUCCAACUGGAAAGUUGGAAGAUGGGAAGAGUGAAUGUCAUCGUCUGCCCCUUCCACCUGGUUCUCCUACUAGCCCUUCUGCCUUGCCCACCCCAAGAACUUGUGGAACGACAGAAAACUCGGAUUGUAAUUGGUCGAAAUGGAAGAAAGGAAGACUUCUAGGAAGAGGUACUUUUGGGCAUGUUUACCUCGGGUUUAACAGUGAGAGUGGGCAAAUGAGUGCAAUUAAAGAGGUAAGGGUUGUUGCCGAUGAUCAGACAUCGAAAGAAUGUCUCAAGCAGUUGAACCAGGAGAUCAAUUUGCUUAGUCAGCUUUCACAUCCAAACAUAGUUCGAUACUAUGGAAGUGAACUGAAUGAAGAAACAUUGUCUGUUCACUUGGAAUACGUCUCUGGGGGUUCCAUCCACAAAUUGCUUCAAGAAUAUGGUGCAUUUGGGGAGCCUGUUAUCCAAAAUUAUACUAGACAAAUCCUUGCCGGGCUUGCCUAUUUACAUGGAAGAAACACUGUGCAUCGGGAUAUCAAGGGUGCGAACAUAUUGGUAGAUCCCAAUGGUGAAAUUAAGCUUGCAGAUUUUGGCAUGGCAAAACAUGUACUACUUCUAUCCCUCUGCAUGUUUUUUGCUUAGUACUGAAGAAUACAUAAGUGACUCAUCGAGCAAGUAAGGAAGGUAGACAAUGGAAAUUACUAUUGCACUUUAUGAGGUUGAUGUGGAAGUUGAGAAAGGACAAAGCUUGGGUUCUUGCCCAAUGUCAACUUGAAAUAAACUAUAUAUACUACUUUCUCAGAUUUUUGGUUCAUCCUGUUCAUGACCAAAUGAAACAUAAGGGUAUAUACAAGCACAAACUACUAAAAAACAAACAGAAAGAAAUGUGUCAAUUUUGCAAAGACACCCUAAUAUUUAAUUUAAUUAUAUGCACACGCGGGCACAUUUCAGAAACACACUAGGACUCCAGUCAUUUGAUGGCGUUAACAAUUUUAACAAAAAGACUAUUUUAUCCUUUAUUUGAUUAGUCAAAAUUUUAUAAACAAGGUUUAACCCAACCUCAUGACCAAUGACCCAUGCCCGAUGCGCAUGUUCUCUCGCAAAUCCCACCAUUCCACCAUAGAAUCCCUUACCCCCACCCAGCACAUAGCCCCCUUCCAUACCCCCAGCUCACAACCCUACCUCAUUCACAAAGCUGCUGCCUCUCAUUCUAAUACUCAUCCUCUCUCCUUUUCUCAUGCACGCCACCCCCUCCCUCCCAAGUCGCCCACCACCAGCACUAUAGACCACCUAACUGCUCACCAUUUUAGCUCUCACUUCCACUGCCCCACUCGUUUUCAUAGAGUCCAAUUUUUUAACAAGUGAAAAUUGGAGGUUAGCUGCAAGUACUACUUUCCAGAUUAAUCAUAGACGCGUAAGCAUUUGUGAUUUGUCACUUUUGGGAAAAUAAUUAAUUGGAAUGUAAAAAGAAUCAAAAUGAAAAGGCAAUCAGAUGGGCUUGAAGUAGAUGCUUCUCUAACUAUGCUUUUUGUUGCCUACUUUAGCUAUGUGUGUGUGUGCGUGAGAGAGAGAGAGAGAGAGAGAAAGUGAGAGAGAGAUAUGAUGAUGAUGAGUAAAUUGGAUCUUGUGUGUACCUGGCUACCUACUGUGGGUUUGUGGUGGUGUGCUUUAUCAUAGCCAAGCUUAUUUACCCUAUUGGCUAGGGCCAAGAUUUGGCCGCCACUCCAUGUCAUUUCUGACCACCUUAUACGGUCACCCGAUAUCCAAGUCAACAUCAACAAAGAUCUCUUAGUUCCUCACGGUCGAGUUGACUUGGAAACAAGCUAGUACCUUUCUUAUUAGUGGUAAGAUAGGUUACCCCUUUACCCUUUUAAUAAUAACAUAAGCUUCCAAAGCUCUUUCAUUCUACUAGGAGCCUUCACUUUUUGGAUUGUCUUUUGUCCAAUGCGAUAGCCCCUUUUUUUGCAUCCAACAUAUUAAUUCAAUGUAGGGAGAAUUAGUUGUAGUUUUUGUUCUUGGAUGUGGGAUAGUGCACAAUGGGGCCUUUGAGGGCUCUCCUUGUUGGCUCCUCCCUCAUCUUGUUGUUCUUGGAACUAAAGGAAGAAAUCUAACUCCUAUUCAUUCUGUAAGAGAUAAAGUAAGACUUUUUAAGGAUUAUCUUCUCUUUGCAUGACAAUGACAAUCUCAUGAAGAUGAUCAUAACAUUAUUGGUGGUACGACAGUUAAGGUAGGCGGUACAACGGUGGUGGCGAUUGUUGACUUUGAGGUGUCUGGAAUGAUCACAACAUUAUACGCUCAUGAAAAAUCGAGUUGUGAGCAAUCUAAAUAGUAUUGACAUUGUCACAAUACAUAGGGGUUAGAUCAUAUAAAGAGAUGCCAAGAUUAGCAAGAAGUCAUCGUAACCAAAUUAUCUUAGCUGUACUAGAUGUCAUAACAUGAUAUUCAGCUUCAGCAGAGGAGUAAGCAACAAUAGUUUGUUUCUUACUUUUCCAGGAAAUAAGAGAAUCACCAAGAAAAAGAUAGAAGUUAGGGAUGGAUUUGCGAUCCAUAGUCACAAGUCUAGUUAGCAUCAGAGCAAGCUUUAAGUUUCAUAGAAGAAGAGGAAGAAAAUAAUAGUCUGUGAUGUAGAUUACCUCGAAGAUACCGAUUAAUACAAAGAAUAGUAGCUCAAUGAACAGUGGUGGGUGAAACAACAAACUGACCAACAACAUGAACAAUAUAAGAGAUAUUUGGGCGUAUGACUGCUAGAUAUACUAAGCUUUCAAAAUCAGUGUGGUACAGUGUAGGAUCAGGCACGAGAGUACCAUCGGAAGAAGAAUAACGAAUAUUGAGCUUGAAUGUGUUCAAUUUUCCAAUUAUCUAAUAAGGGGUCUUGCUGAUAACAUCUAAUACAUGCUUGAACGAGGAGAUAAGCUUUAGGAAAUGAAACAAGCUUAAUGCCUAAGAAAUAAUUGAGUAACCCAAAUCCUUAAUCUCAAAAUGAUCUUGCAAUUGAGUUUUUAAUAGUCAUGUAUUACUAGUGUCAUCGCAUAUAAUAAUCAUAUCAUCAACAUACAGUAAGAAGACAAUAGAACUCAAGGAAGUGGAUUACAAAAAUAUAGCAGAAUCAUGAUUACUAACACAAAAACCUAAGUCACAGAAGGGUGAAUAAAACUUGGCAAACCAUGCCCUCGGAGCUUGUCUCAGACCACAUAAUGUUUUGGGAAGUCUGCUUACUUGAUUAGGAUUAUGAGAUAAUCCAGGAGGAGUCAUAAAAACCUCUUCACUUAAAUCUUCACAAAGAAAAAUAAAAUACGUAUACG